GCUAAAGUGAGGACCAUUCAAGAGAGACUGAAGGCUGCUCAGGACCGACAGAAGAGUUAUGCUGAUAAACGGCGGAGACCGUUGGAAUUCGAAGUCGGUGAUAAGGUUUUUCUAAGGAUUUCUCCUUGGAAGGGCAUCAUUCGAUUUGUAUCGAGGGGAAAGCUUAACCCCCGAUACAUAGGUCCGUUUGAGAUCCUUGAAAGGAUCGGGGCCGUGGCUUACCGUCUCAAGUUGACGCCUGAACUUGAGAAGAUACAUGACGUGUUUCAUGUAUCAAUGCUCAAGAAGUACAUACGAGACCCAUCUCAUAUUCUUGAGAAACCACCGGUAGAGAUCCGUGAGGACUUGCAAUAUGCGAUGGAACCAGUGAAGAUUGUUGGUCAACAAGUGAAGAAGCUUAGGAAUAAGUAGAUUCCUAUGGUAAAGGUUCUUUGGAGGAGUGAUCGAGUCGAAGAAGAAACUUGGGAGACCGAGGUCUCAAUGAGGGAGCAAUACCCAUUUCUUUUCGACUAACUACUUGGAUUUCGGGGACGAAAUCCCAAAUAAGGGGGGGUGAACUUGUAACACCGUCCCCAAAUAUAUUUACUUUUAUGUAAAUAAUGUAUCGAACCUUAUUAAAGGAUUAAUGAAUUUACGAAGUUGUAAAUUUUUAUUAUUUCUUUCGCGUGAAUAGUAA